CAGAAGUAAACAAAAUUUUCAUCAGCGAAGUAUUUCUAAAUUUUGAACCAGUUUUCCUGCAAAUUUUGCAAAAAUGAAUCGCCUUUUCGGUAAAUCUAAGCCCAAAGAACCUGGCCCAAGCAUUGACGAUUGCAUUAAAGGGGUUGAUUCCCGAGCCGAAACGAUCGAUCAGAAAAUUCGCACUCUCGAUACCGAGCUGCGUAAGUACAAGGACCAGAUGGCCAAGAUGCGGGAGGGUCCGGCCAAAAAUGCCGUCAAGCAGAAAGCGAUGCGGGUUCUCAAGCAGAGAAAACAGUACGAGAGUCAGGUGGAAAACCUGCGGAACCAGUCCUUCAACAUGGAGCAAGCGAACUUUGCUUCCCAGACUCUUAAGGAUACCCACUCAACGGUGGCGGCCAUGAAGGAUGGCAUGAAGUCGAUGAAGAAGGAAUUCAAAAAGAUCAAUAUCGAAGAGAUCGAAGACAUACAGGACGAUAUGGCUGACAUGCUGGAGCAGGCCGACGAGGUCCAGGAAGCGAUGGGACGUACCUACGGAAUGCCGGAGCUUGACGACGAUGAAUUGCAGGCCGAGCUGGAUGCGCUGGGUGAUGAGAUUGCCUUGGAUGAUGAUACCAGCUAUCUGGAUGAUGUGGUUAAGGCUCCGGCUGCACCGGAUAAGGAACCGGGAGCGGACAGUGUUACCAACAAGGACGGAAUACUAGUUGACGAGUUCGGAUUGCCACAGAUCCCGGCGCAAGUGAAAAGCACCUAAAUCGGGGUUUCUGUGAGUGAGAGUGGACUUAGUCAAUGCUUGCGAUCGUUCUUUUCGUUUUCUUUUAAUUUGUUUAGUUAAGGCUUAUGAUAUCUGUGAAAAAGAACUGCACGACCGGAGAUACAUUCAUGUUUAAUUAAUUAUUCACCUUA